AUGUCACACAUGGCUAAGAUCCACAUCCACCACCAUUUUGACGGCAAGAUACUGCCGACGGUCCCAGACCUCAGGCAUAGUCGCGUGCUGAGACACGCACCUGAGAUUUGCGGUCUCGAUCAUCCGGCUCAAUUGAAGUUCAUACAGGCAAAGCUGCAGGAGACACCAGGUGGGUUGUUCGUAGGCUCGAGAGUCUACAUCAGCGGCGCGCCUGUGCGUCCACACGCUGGCCUGCCUUUGACGAGACAGGUUGGUGACGAUUUUGGCGGUAAAAUGAGAGAGUACCAGAUGGGACGGCUCGCGCGGGUACUGGGCAUACCUCUGAUCCCGACCGAGGCCCCAUACACAUACUAUGCUCGAUCUGAGUGGGUGGCGGAGAAGAUGCUGCGCGUCAUUGGUCUGGGAGAGCGCAUGGACCUCAUUGCGAAGGCGGCUGUCUUGGAGAACAUCUUCAUCUUCUGA